AUGGACGACAUCUCGGUUAUUCGGAUCGAUGCCGGCGGAGACGAUGGUGCCGAAAUAAUCUUUGAAUUCAACAGCAAACGCAUUGCGGUGUCCAUUUCGCAAGCUACGUCUAUUGACUUUGACAAACAAUACGAAGAUAUUGUCGACAUGGUUUUAGAUGUCAUCCUUCCCGCUGGAAAAUCGCUGUUUGCCCAAGUAGCGCAGACUCCAGCACCGUCCAGCAAAAUCCUCCACUCGCUUCUUAACCCCACAACACACGAUUUCCUUCUCAAGUCUGUUGAAGGCAAGCCCACCAUUAUCCAAAUCAGUCCUGAUGAGGCCUACAUUGAUCCUGAGCCCCAAAUCGACCAUGGAGCGGAUGUUGACUUCGACUUGCAGACACACGACGACCUUCCACAGUACUCAUCUGGGGAGAUCCAAGUUAUGGAGAUCUUUGUGGGAAACGGGUCUGUCAGUCGAGUUCUGAUCAAUGGCAAAGAAAUGCUUUGCAAGGCGCAGGAUACUGGAUCGCUUGCCCCGGAUCUGAGGCGGGAGCUGGCUAGGCUGCAAAAGAUAAAGCAGCCUUAUGUCUCUACUCCGAUCCAGAGCCCACAGCUGCUCAGUUAUGUCAAGCAUGCUGACAAUGGUCAUAUUAUUGGGUUAUUGCGCGAGACAAGGAGGGAGAAGUGGAUGGCUCAGAUCCGAAAGACGGUCAGUCAGCUACAUGAGAUUGGAGUGGUCUGGGGAGAUGGGAAGACGAGCAAUGUUAUCAUUGACAAUGACGAUGAUGCCUGGCCAAUCGAUUUCGGAGGUGGCUGGACGGAUGGGUGGGUAGACAAGGAGUUGGCCGAGACUGUAGAAGGGGACGAACAGGCUGUCAGAGCUAUCAUGAAGUUCUUAGGCUUGGGUGAAGACCUUAUUGUCUGA